AUGGUUCAGAACGAUCAAGACGAAAAGUUUGCAGGAACUUAUCGCAAGCUGUUUGACACAAUCGAAAGAGGUGUUGAACAAUGCUCGACCGAUCGACUUCAGACCUUAUUGGAGGAAAAGAAAGAACAUUUAAAACUUGGUUUAGAAGCAUUUGGAGAAGCUUCAAGCCAAUCUCGUUCCAAAGUGACUUCAGGUUCAAGUGUCGCUGUCGAUGGAAAGACUAUUAAAUUAGAGCAAAAAGAAAAGGAUCUGAUUAUUAAGCUUUCCGAUAUUACCAACCUUAAUGAAGUUCAAUGUGCUCAGCUGUGGGAAGCCUUUAGACAAGAAAACAAAGACAGCGUGACACGCUUUAACGACAGUGAACAAGCCCUCUCUGAAAACAUCGAAUUAAUCAUGAAUGUGGUGAAUUUUUAUUAUGAAGAUCGUAUUUCUCUUUUAGAGUGUAUUGGAUCUUUGCAACGUAUCGCCUUUGAUGGAUCGCACCCUUAUUCAACUAUUGCAACAGACACACUCCAGAAAUUACGUGAUAUCAAUUCAUCCACACCUCUUCCUCAACGUUUGUUUGCUCAAUAUGCAUCUUUAGUACGCAGUAACGUACCCAAUCGUACGUAUUCAUUUCCCGGUUGGGCUAGCGUGUGGGCCAAGCAAAACUUAAGGGAACAAAAAGCUUUAUUGGAAAUCAUCUUCCUUUUCAGUGUUGGCAAAACCUUCGAGCCAACCUUCAUAUUUAGCAUCAUUCAAGAAUUUGAAUCAGAUUGUUUUGGCGUACUUCAAACAUUUGGGUAUGUGCUUGAUGACGAGGGAUUGAAGUUGCGCAGAGGUGUUACCCACGUCUGUACUUUACUUUCCAUCAACUUGAUUCUCUCACCCGAAAUUACAACCGAAACAAAGCUAUCCACCACUGAUAAAGAUUUGAUUAACACGCCCGAUGUUAUUGCAAAGAUCAAUCAAGUCGUAUUAUACCUGGGUGAUAGACAUGAACAUGCUCCAUUCUUGUUAGCUUGGUCAUAUUUCGUCACUUGUUUAGAUUGUAUUUUAAACGGAGAUGACACUACUUCAGUACCGGAAAGUUAUAAACAGAUUCAACCCAUCAUCAAUGGAACACAAUCAGUAUCCACCUCAGGCAUCUUAAAAACAAGACCCAUGGUCAAUGGCACCGAUUUUGAGGAAGCACGUCAAAUUUCAAUCCAACAAAAACCCAAUAUGGAUCGAAUUUUCUUGGGCCGUUCGUUAAAGUUGGACGUAUUUGGAGUCGUGACGGAUAUUUUAGAAAGUGAAGUAUGCAGCGAAGAGGAUGUCAACAACUAUGGUUACAGAUCAGUGUUGAGAACCCUUUUCAAGGCUUUCUUGAGCACAACUCGACCUUAUUAUAUACCGACCGAUAGUUACGCCACUUUGAUCAAGGCUUACUGUCUCAUCUAUAAAAACCAAGCAGCUCUUUGUGAAGCUUUCUGGAAUGAUGAUUAUGUAAAGGAUGACCCAUAUACUUUACUUGCAACAGCACGUGGAAGAUUUCCUGUGUUUUUCACAGAUCUCACACGACUUUUAUCAGCAUUGUCUGGUGGUGCUAAUGAUGAUGUGGAUGGUAAAGCAGCCGAAAAUGUAUUCGGAUAUCUCUGCCAAGUACCUUCAAUCACUGUCGAAUUAGGUAAUAAUGUACAAAUCACAGCUGUCGAAGAAAAUGGACGUGCUGUCAUCAAUGCAAACCAGAAUAUUCGUGUCACUCAAGAGUUACAAACCAUUGCCAGUAUCGAGAUUUUGGAAGGUACUCAAGGCCUUUUGCUUUCAAGCAGCGAAGAUUAUAGUCUUGUUCAAUUCCCUUUGCCUUAUUCUGGAUGGCAUCUUUUGACAGCUGUCUUGGCUGGAUUUAUGAAUCCAUCUGGAUCCGGAAUCGAUAUCAAGGAUGAAGAUGAAAGUUUAAAGGGAAAUAAUAUCGAAACUAUCGACAGCAUUCUUGAUUUACUUUACAAUGUUUUAUUGAAUAAUCCCAAAUUGGUACCUUCCCUUGUACAACAUAUUGAAUCCGCUGCUCGUAUCCCUGGUCAAUCUACCGGUACACCUAUUAUUAUUUCUGUCAUUUGCAAUAUUCUCAGUUCAUGCAGCAGAGUACAACCAUGCCCUAUUCCUACCAUGACUUUGUCUUUACAGUGUCUCACUCUUUUGAUUCCUCAUUACCGUAAUGAUAUCUGGUCCUACUUACAAGCCGCUCCUAUCUUACCUAGACCCAACGUCAACAUCCCUCUUUCUACGAGACUUGCCACAUCUUCUUUUGUCAUUAAUCCUGCAGCUCAAAUUCAGCAAAUCGUAUCAAGAGUUGAAUGUACUACAGAUAUGGUGCAAGGACUUGUUCGUGAUGUUCAACGUAACUGGUGGGUGAAUGCUAAUGAAGGCUCUGUUCCUAAUCGUCAAUAUCAAGUGGAUGUCUUGUACCUCUGCUUACAUUAUCUCAUGUUGGAUGUCUUCCCAUCUUAUGCUAGUUGGCGUUACAAGAAGGUUUCAGAGCGAUUCUUGAUUGGCACCAAGGUGAUUGAGAUCUUUACUGAAAUUGCUCGUGGUUUUAAGGAACCUGUGUCUGCUCAACAAAGUAGACUAUCAUUAAAUGGUAUUCGUACUGGUAUCUUUAAUAACUUUUUAUACGAAGGUGGUGUCUACCAUAUUUCUCCUUUGCUUGAUACAAUUUCAGAGGGUGCCGAAACUGCCAAUAUUUUGUACAAAAUCAACCAUCCUAAGGAAGCAGCAAAGGUUGAGAAAUUGACAGAAAUGACGUUUGUCUUUGUCAAAAUCUUGUUACAAUACCGUUUGGAACAAAUUAAUGAAGGAUCCACUACUAUGGAUGAGAGCACACUUGAGCGCCUCUUAUUAGAACGUACCACAGGAAACAAUUGUUCUGAUUUCUUAUUGCGCAUCGUGAAGCACAUCAAUUAUCGUCACAAUAUUGCGUUGCAAAUUGAAGCUACCAACGUUUUGUUUCUUUUAUGUCGUACCGUUUCUUUCUGGAAGUCCACUCCCAAUUUCGUCCAAUAUCUUGGAAAUACUGACCAAGUGCACAAGAUCAUUCGUGCCUACCUCGAUAUUGCUAAAGAUCAUUUCCAAAGUGAAGUCCUGUUGUCAGCCAUCUGGAGAUUGAUGACCGCUUUCUUGGAAACACAACCUAGUUUGGCUAUUUUGUUCUUGGAGUGCGGCGAUUUUAUUUUACCCAGUCCUAAAUCUGCUGUUCGUCUUUUGGCUGGCCAGAAAAGCGCUCCUGCUGCUCCUACACCUGCUCCCACCGAAUCUGCCGUGCGUGCAGCUAUUGAUGUGUUGGGUCAUUGGGAAACUCUCUUGGUGCAAAAGCCUACUGUUGUAUCCAACGUCUUGCGUUUUAUCGCAACUUUCUGGCAAACCGCUUUUGAUCAUUAUGCACUUGUAGAACGUACACGAUCUGAUAAUGCACUCUGGGACUCCCUUGGUAAAAUUCUAUUAAACCCCAACAGUGAAAUCGAUACCGGCAGUCAUCUUCAACAACAAGAUUUGAUGGAUACAGACGAUUUAUCCACUAUCAGUCAAAACGAUUUAAGCGUUCGUCGUCUUUGUUGCCUCAACUUGAGUAAGGCUUUCGUGAUGCGAAUCUUAUCUUAUGAAAUUCAUCUCACUGCUGGUAAUGAAAGAGCACUUGGUAAUAACACGACAAAUGUGUUGGACAAACUUCCUGCUGGUCUCAAAAAUUUGAUGAACAAGAUCAAUGAACCUACUAAGCUUACACAAAUGCGCCAAGCUUAUGUGAAGAACGAUUUCGACCCCUCUGUUUCUCAGAAGGCUAUCAGUAGUGCCGAGGAUCUUUUGCAAUCUAUCGGUAUUAUCGACAACACCUCUGUUUUGUUACUCAAGAUGGAAAGUACUGGUGGCUGUGGCGAUGAUGGAUCAGCUGGUGAAGCUCGUCAAUAUGGUGAUUCUUACCUUUAUGAUUAUCGUAUGGCCGAAACUCGCGUUCACACAUUGUUCAAGGAUAUCAUCAGUAAAUACGGAUUCACCAACUUGGAUAAUAUUAUUGUGACACCUGAAGUACAAGCCGUAUUAGAUAUCAAGCAAUACUCAAACAAAUUCCUCAAGAGUGUUUUAGAGGUCAAUUAUAACGGUUCUGUAGUUGACUCUCAAAUCAUUUUGCUUCGAUCUUUCAAGACCUUUAUUGAGGCCUCUUCAAACCGUGUAUCUGAUUUAAUUUGGGCCAACAAGUCUAGCUUGCAAGGGUCUGCUUCUCUUCACGCAUUUUUAAUGGGAUUGAUCAAGAACGCUAGUGAAGAGGAACGCGAGGAUGGUGUUACUUUGACAUCUUAUAGCGUAUUGAUGCAAUUCAUUCGUGGUUUGACAGAGGAUUGGAUCAACAAGAACGUAAUCAUUUUGACUGGUAUUGAUGUUGCAGCCAAAAAGGAUUACGCUACUAAGGCAUUUGAACUUUUGUCUUGCUUGUGUGGCCUUUUGAACCGUGAGAACUUUGCUAUUAUGAAGAGUAUCACGGAUUAUACAGCCAUUCGUUUCCAUCGUCCUUUGUUGGAAUCUGUCAUGCUCUGUCUGCGUACCUUAGGUCCUGUCGUGCGUAAUCUUUCCACCGUCGAAAAGGAUUUCCAAUCUUGUCUUGAAAAGCUUUUGAAUGUCGUUUGUCAAAGUUUCCGAGUCCUGGUAAUCAAGGCCGGUUCCUACAGCGCUGCUGAAUCUCUCGUGCCUGAAUUUGUUGCUGAAAGUUGUAUUAAGGAUGUGACAGUAGUCAUUUCUCUUUUACAAGAUUUGAUUAGCCCCAAAUACCGCUUGGAUAUCGUUGCAUGGCGUACCAGUCUCCAAUCUAAUGAAACUAUUCGCUCUGCGUUGAAUUUAUUUUUUGGUGGUGUAGAACUUGUUGUGAACGAAGUUGACAGCCAGUGCGCUACAAAUGGAAUUUACAGCCUCAGUAUUACCCCUUACGCUGAAUCCGCAUUGUACUUCUUACUUGAAUUAUCGAAUAUACCACAAGGAGCUAACGAACUCAUUUUGAACAACAUUUAUGAUUGCUUCCGUAACAACAGACUUACAACACGCUUACAAGAGGGUAAAUUGGAUUUGUUCAUUCGUUUCGGUGAUGGAAGUAAGGUCGGUCCUGCCUACGUUGAACGUAACCCCCUUCACAACAUCUGGUGUCAAAUGUUGGGCAUUGUCAACAACUUAAACCGUCAUCACGGUGCAUCUCAAAACGUGUUUAAUGAAACUGUCAACUUCUUACAGAUUUAUAGUCCUCAAAUUGGUAAGGCUUUUGCUAAUGCCAAUGGCGCCAACGAUAGCAUGUUUGGUCUCAUACCUAAUGAGUCGCUUUCAACACCUUUGUUGGAAGAAAUUGAACGUAUCAACAUGGUGUUUUUUGGUUUAUCCAAGCACUAUCAACGACACAGACUUUCUGAAAUCAAGGUGGAAAAUCUGUUUAUGGCUUUUAAGGAUUGUUCAUUGGAUCUGCUUCAUCGCUACCGUUAUUUCUUCAACCACCCUGUUCAGAUGCAAGCACAACUUUACCCAGUGGAUAACAUUGAACGCCAAGAUGCACAAGUAAUCCCAGCCGAUAAAGACUCCGAGAGCAAACCAACCACUAGUCGAUUUAUGCAGCAGGUGUUGAAAUCACUCGUUGUCAUCUCACAUUACAUGGUGACUACAUUGGUGAUUUUGACAGAAGCGAACGUUAUCUUGAAGGAACGUGAUGAUAAAUGGCCAUUUGGUAAUACGAUCGUUUACCCCGAUAUGCAAAUCCCCAUCAGCAAAAGCACAUCAUUUGGCACAUUAGUUGAAUGUAUCACUGCAGGUACUUCCAUGUUAACCCAGGCACAAAAAGACCAUCAAGCUCCGGAAUUAGCGAAUUUCAUCCAAUCCUGUGCAGUCUUAUUAACAUCGCAAGUUGCCCUUUGGGUCACCAAGCCUGAAAUGCAACAAGACAUGAGAAUGGAGAUUGGACAAGAAUCGGUGACCGACAUUGUAGACUGUUUAGUCAAGACUGAGGCUGCAUUAAAAAAGCUGAAUACGACAACCAACAACUUGGAAUCUAAAAUCAAGCUGAUACAAACAUUACAAGUCUUUUUAGGUAACCGAUACUAUCGUAAAUAA